ACGAUCUGUUUUCGUCUCUUGCCAAGUUGCCCGGACCUACUGUUGAUAGAUGCUUACGUUGAUUGCAGCUGAGCCGGCCGGCACUGAAAGUAGAUCCAAGUCCAUCACGCAUUGCACGGCAGUGUAUAUAACGUCAACGACCAUGAAGUACAUCACAGGAGUUUUUCCUAAAUCUUGUAAACGUUUCAAGCAUCUCAAAAGUCAGCAAGAUGGGUAGCGCAUUGAGCAAUAUGUUCCCGCCAAAGGCUAGCUUCACUGAAGCAAAUUUGCCUGAUCAGAACAACAAGGUGUUCAUCGUCACAGGCAGCUCCGGCGGCCUAGGCAAGGAGCUCACCAAGAUUCUCCACGAGAAGAAUGCCAAGAUUUACAUGGCGUGCCGGUCUGAAGCCAAGACCGCAGCCGUCAUCAAGGAGUUGAAGGAAUUGUACCCCAACUCCAAAGGCCACGCCGAGUACCUGCACCUAGACCUCAACGACUUGACGACAAUCAAGCAGUCCGCUCAAGAAUUCCUCAGCAAGGAAACCCGUCUUGACGUCCUCUGGAACAACGCAGGCGUCAUGACCCCGCCGCCGGGGUCCAAGACAGCCCAGGGCUACGAGCUCCAACUGGGCACCAACAAUCUCGCCCCAUUCCUUUUCACCCAGUUCCUACGGCCGGUGCUAUCUGGCACCGCCAAGAUGGCGCCCAGGGAUUCGGUCCGUGUGGUCUGGGUAUCUUCUAGCACGGCAGCUAUGGCACCGAAGCCGCCAAUCGAUUUCAGCAACAUGGAUUAUGCAAAGGACGAGAGUCAGAUGCAGAAGUACUCGAGAAGUAAGGCCGGUAACGUCUUACAUGGAACGGAGUUUGCGAGAAGAGUACCUGGAGAAGGGAUCGUUAGCGUUAGUCUUGACCCCGGAGUUUUCAUGCCGGAUUUGCAGCGUACCAUGCCGCUGUGGCAGUGGAUCAUCGUGAAAUUCCUCGCGCACAAGCCGGUCAACGGUGCAUACACCGAACUCUUUGCUGGCUUAAGCCCAACGAUUACGGAGAAGAAUAACGGUGGCUGGGUGGUCCCCUUUGGUCAACUUGCAGCUGGAAGAGAGGAUCUCCGCGACAAGGAGCUGGGCAAGAAGUACUGGGGUGGACAGAGAAACAGCUCAAGCCCUAUAUCUCAUGAUGGAUUUGCGCUGGUCUACCAAGAUCUUCCAUGUUCCUCUUUGUCUUUCCUGCGUUUCUCUUCCAUGUAUAAUAAAACAUGUCGAGAAGUUUGCGAGAUCCGCUAAACAGGCGUAACAGAGCUUGUCAUCCUC